AUGAGUUCCACAGUACCCCGCCCUGGCGCCGCGAAACUAGGACCUCGUUCUGGUCUUGAGGAAUGGUUGGCAGAGGCAAAGCAAUGCCAUUAUUUACCAGAAUGGGCAAUGAAACAGCUUUGUGAAAUGGUAAAGGAGUGUUUAAUGGAAGAGUCAAAUAUACAACCUGUCGCAACACCCGUCACUAUAUGUGGUGAUAUUCAUGGUCAAUUUUACGAUUUACUCGAGCUUUUCCGUAUCGCUGGUGGUAUGCCAGGAGAGACAAAUGUUCAAGCCCCCACCACUGUUAUUAACACAGAUGCGCUCGAACCGCCUACGCAAAUUACAGAUCCAAAAUUGAAGAAGAAGAUAAGAAGCAGUGAUAGUGGUAUGGAGAGCGCAAGUGGAGGAGAUGAUGAUGACGAUGAUGAACCUCGAGGACGUCCACGUACUGCAGGAGGAUCAAAUCGUAGUACAAGCUCUGGAGCUGACUCUGGUAUCAAUAUCAACAACAAUCAAGUCUCUGGAAAUGGGAACCAAAAUUUUAUCUUCCUAGGUGAUUUUGUCGACAGAGGGUAUUUUAGUUUGGAAACUUUCACUUUAUUGAUGUGCUUGAAAGCUACAUAUCCUGAUAAAAUUACUCUCGUCCGUGGAAACCAUGAAUCUCGUCAAAUCACACAAGUAUAUGGUUUUUACGAAGAAUGUCAACAAAAAUACGGAAAUGCCUCAGUUUGGAAAUCUUGCUGUCAAGUUUUUGAUUUCCUUGUCCUUGCAGCCGUAGUUGAUGGAGAGGUCCUUUGCGUUCAUGGUGGUUUGAGUCCAGAAAUUAGAACUGUCGAUCAAAUCAGAGUUGUUGCACGUGCACAAGAAAUUCCCCAUGAGGGAGCUUUUUGUGAUUUGGUUUGGAGUGAUCCCGAGGAUGUUGAUACUUGGGCUGUUUCUCCUCGUGGAGCUGGAUGGCUGUUUGGAGAUAAAGUUGCUAAUGAGUUUAAUCAUGUUAAUGGUCUUAAACUUAUUGCUCGCGCCCAUCAACUUGUUAACGAGGGAUAUAAGUAUCAUUUUGCACAAAAGUCUGUUGUUACUGUCUGGUCAGCUCCCAACUACUGUUAUCGAUGUGGCAAUGUCGCUUCAAUUAUGAACGUUGGCGAAGAUCUUAAUCCUAAAUUUAGUAUUUUCAGCGCAGUACCAGAGGAUCAACGUGCAGUUCCAGCUGGUAGAAGAGGUGCUGGUGAUUACUUCCUUUAA